AUCUAUUUGUUCAGCGCGUAAGUGAAGGCGGGGGCCAGGCAUGCGCAGUGCACCCGCGCUGCUCUCUGUGCGGCGCAGAGCGCGCGGCUCUCUCCGGAUACCUGAGGGCUGACGGGCUGACGGACUGAUGGCCGAGCAGCCGGAGCGCGCGCGGAACCUACAGGCUGGAGACGCGGAUCGGCGCGCGAUCGAUCAGAAGUGACCGGCCAGGCAGCUGGGGCUGUGCGCGAGCGGAGUUGAGCGCUUCAAACCAACAGGACUCUACUUUCUUCAUCCAUCCAUCACAUCUUCUUCCUCCGGUAUGAAGACUCCACUCAGCCCCUCUCUGCUCCUGGAGAGUGGGCAGAUCUUCGCCUUCGGUGGGAUGGGUCAGGAGCUGAUGGACACGCCCACACCUUCAGCCCUCAGUCUCCCCAUCCAGCAGACUCCAUCCCCAGGUCAGGGCGGGGCAUACUCGUUGUGCGAGGUGUGUAACCUGCAGCUGACCUCCACUGCUCAGGCCCAGCUGCACUACAACGGCAGGUCACACCUCCGGAGAGUGAGACAGCUCCAAGCCGGAGAGGCACGACAACAAGCAGCAGCAGGAGCUCAGACCAGGUCGCUUCCUCAGGCCACAGGAUUUAACUCCCAGCCUGCAAGAUUAACUCAGGCUACUGGACUGAAUCGAGGCCUCAGCGCUUCCACCACGACUGCAGGAAGUGGGUGCGGUGCAGCGGGUGGGGCGUUGCCAGGUCUAAUUGGUGCCACCAGUCCCUCAGUGAUGAUGAAACCAUUCCUGCCGUUCCCCAUGGAGACGACGUCACCAGUCGGACUCUUCCCAAACUUCAACACGAUGGAUCCAGUGCAAAAGGCGGUCAUCAAUCACACCUUUGGUGUUACCAUGGUGCCCAAGAAGAAGCAGGUCAUCUCCUGUAGUGUUUGCCAACUGAGGUUCAACUCUGACUCUCAGGCAGAGGCGCAUUAUAGAGGCAGUCGCCAUGCCAAGAAGCUUAAGUCUCAGGAGAACAAGGCCAAAGCCAAAGGGACGGCGGCACCAGAGACCAACGGGAACAGCUGCGGUCCUUCAGGUCCGGCCCAUCCGGUCUCCACCAACGGCAGCAACAGUCAGCGCACAGAGCGAUUAUCCAGCCCGUCAGACUCCAUGUCAUCUCUCAAACCUUGCCUCCCCUCCUCCGCCUCCCCUCUGUCCUCCUCACCCUCCAUCACCAGAGCCGGCAGCGAGCCUCCCCCCUCCAGCCCGCCAUCUGCCCUGCCAGCUCCUGGCCUCUCGUCUUCUUCCUCAUCCUCCUCCUCCUCCUCUUCCAAAUCUUGUCCCACAUCUUCAGUCAAGCCCUCCCCGUCCGGUGCUGCGCCUCCUCCUCCGCAGACCACCCCCUCCUCCCAGGACGCUCCUCUCUCAGCAGAGUCCGAGGAGGAGAAGGCGAAGAAGCUGCUGUACUGCUCUCUUUGUAAAGUCGCUGUCAACUCUCUGUCUCAGCUGGAGGCUCAUAACGCAGGUUCGAAGCACAAAACGAUGCUGGAGGCGCGCAGUGGUGCAGGUCCGAUCAAAGCGUACCCUCGACCGGGAGCCAAACUGAAGAACGGCGUCAGCUCGGCCGUAAAGGGCUCCGGCCUGCAGAACAAGACCUUCCACUGCCAGAUCUGUGACGUCCACGUCAACUCUGAGAUCCAGCUCAAACAGCACAUUUCCAGCAGAAGACACAAGGACCGAGUGGCAGGAAAACCCAGCAAACCCAAAUACAGCCCUUACAACAAGCAGCAGCGCGGCUCGCUCACUAAGGAGCUUGUGAAGCCUUCCCUAUCACCUUCCUUUCUUUCCUCUCCUUUCGCUUCUCCUUCCUCCCCUCUCCCUCCCCCCAUCUCCCUCCCUCCCUCAUCCCUUUCCUCCUCCCCCCUCCUCUCGCCCACCUCGGCACCCCUCACCCCCACCCUCUCCCUCCAUCAUCGCCCUCCGUCGUCCUCGUCCCUCUUCACCGCCUCCUUCCUGCGUCCGGCUCCGGGACCGAUCAGAACCAACCAGGGAUCGAUUCUCUUUGCGCCCUACUGAUGUUGACUGGAGCAGCGGGGGGAGUUGAACUGGCAACCAUUAACCACCAACUCCCUGUUUGUUGGAGCUUCGGCUGUUGCUGCAGCUUGCCCACCUGACUGAAUCUUCCUGAGAGGAUGAAAACCUUCCUGCCUCUGCCGGGAUCAAGGACCCUGGGAUUCUGUCACCUCCAGAGAGGGAGGAGAGGGGGCGCUGUUGCUCUGGCUAACCCACUGACAUGAAUCUGAACAGAACCAUCGGGUGAGAAGCUUCCAGACAUGCUGGGAAAAACAAGAAAAAAUGUAUGCAGUCAUGAAUAAUUCCCGAGGAUCUACUCGGCGUUGUAUAGAAAGCAAUAAGUGUUACUGGAAUGGGUUGAAGACUGGAAAAAUGGUCGUAGCUCAUUUCUUAAGUCAUUGUGGUGUUCCACGUUUGCUGCCCAUUUAACAGAAAUAUAGAGAAAAUUAGAUUUUUUAAAAAUAUAAUGAUUCAAUUAAAGAUCAUCAGCAUGAUUAGAGGUAAUGAAAAGUUUCAAUGUUUUUCUUCAGUCAUUGAAUGUGUCCAAACUGAGAAUUCCAACUUUUGCAAGAGCAUGAAUUUUGAUGCUGUUUCUCUUUUUUUUCUUUCUUUUUUUUUUUGUUUAGUGAAAAUCAGAAGAAUAUGGGCCACACAGUUUCAUUCGUAAAUGGGGAUACUCUUGUGAUUGCUUUAUUUUAAAAACUACCUCCAUCAAAGAACCUGCAGCGCAUUUUUGUAUUAUAGUCCUUAAGAAGAAAACCAGAUUUUGUCAUGGUAAGAAUCAGCAGGUCAAACAAAAUGGAUAGAAAUCGGUACUGGCUAGGAGAAGAGUCAACGGUGCAUCUUUAGAUUUAAUCCAAGUGUCAAAGCAGUGAAAGCUAAACUAUAUCAGUUAUUUACUCUUAAACAGGAUGAUAAUACUCCUCCUCUUACACAAAGGAGGAACUAGCAGAGGGGACAAUUUAGGAGCUGUCCAUCCUCCCACUGAAGAGACAACCCAGCAUUAAAAAAUGUCACAAACCAAAAAAAAAAAAAAGGCAAAAACCUACUGCUGCUAUCAUCUUGUCAUCCCUCAGACGCGCUCCUGACACUGAUCAUCUGAACUUGGCGAAACGACGGGUAAAGCAGAUGGAUUUCCCUUGUUUUCCUCCAAAAUCUACUAACUUUGACGUAAACCUGCAGCUAUUGGUUCACAAUUUUUACUGAUGAUCUCUUUGUCUAAAUGAACAGGCUUUAGGUUCAAUUCAUGUAAAAACAAAAAAAAAAAAAAACACACACAUUGUGGCAAAAACCAGUAGCAGACCUAAAAAUUGUGGUAACCAAUGGCAUAUUGGCUCAAACCAUCACAAUGCUGUAAGUAGUUGCCCAUUGUGACAGUUUCUGCCUCAAAUAUUCAGUGGGCGUCUCACAGCAGCGGUGAUUUCAAUGUGGGCAAAAUGGUGUGUGUGGGGGGGCUAACAAACACUCAAAAGUGGUAAACAAAAAGGCUAUUUGCCUGGAUGUCUUCUGGUUAUCACUACUUCCAGAUCUGGUCAAGUCUAAACUGGAUAUUCCUAGAUCAGAGAUUCUUUAAAACGAGGUUUGAAAUGUAUAAAAACCCAAAUCUAUGUGUGGUCCGUGUUGUUCUGUUCCACAUCUGUAAUCUGUUUAGAAAACGCAAAUCAACUUGCUGUUUUUCAAUAGGUUUCUAUUCGUUCAUGGAUGUUGGAGGCGUAACAGCAUCAAAUGAGGCUGAAGGUGCUGAUGGUGGAGGGCUUUAAAACAUGAGCAUGCUACCAUUCAAGCAGGAACCAGCACUGUCUCACAGCAAAAGAAAAGUACAUAAGCUGUGAUUCCCAGAAGAAUCACAGCUUAUCUGUCCGGUGUUUUGCUAAAAACACCGGACAGGUAAUGGUCUGAUGUUCUGAUGGUCGGAUCAGGCAGGUUUGUGUCUGGAACCAGCGAGACCCUUCACAGGUCUUAUGUAGUAGGUGUGGUCUUUGUUGUUUCUGCUGCCGCUUAGAGACCGAUUUUGAACUCAAACUCCUGGUUAAAACUGUCAAGUUUUUGUCUUUUGUCCCUUUUUUUUGCUCUGUUCACUGAACCAGUGUGUCGUCUAUUCACUGAAACUCUCUGAGAGUGAAGAAACCCUGAAAUCAUGCCACCACUCUUUAAAAUGGGUUAACUCUCUGUCCAUGAUGAAAACCAAGCUAUUUGGCAACUACAAGUGUUUUCUAAGAUUUUUUUUCUUCUUUUUCUUCACCUGACUUGAACCUUUUGGUUCGGACAACAGAUUUCAGUUUUCAGCCGUUUGAAAGGAAUUACCUUAUUAACUAAUCUAACUUGACCCACUUCAUUCCUUUCUUCUUAGCUCUCUACUGGACUUCUUAUGGAACUAGAAUAGGUGGGUGACUUUUGAUUGUUGCUAAACACGACACACAGGAUGACUUAUAAACUCGUUUAGCUAAAACAGACGUUUUUAUAUGUUAACUUCACAACUCCAAAGCAGCUGUUUUUGUUUUAAGUAUUUUAAAAUUGUGCCAGUGAAAACAGUUAUAUCCAAUUCUUCCAUUUUUUCCCCCCUAAACGGUUCCACAGGUUAUCAGAGAAACUACGCUAAAGCAAUCAAGAGAAGGUCCUGAAUUAAAAAAGCAUCUGUUAGUUUCCUUUAAAGGACACUCUUAUGGAGCUUAACAACGGGCACAAAGCUUGGAAAUGUUAGGAUACCAUUAUAGCUUGUUUUAACCCUCUUCAGCUGAAACAACCUCAGCGAGAUGCUUCAUUUAUCCAUCUACCAGUCUCUGACAUCAGUCUGAUGAAAGCUUGUCCCACUCCCAACUUUCAGCUGUGAGAUGUCAAGUCGUGCCACAGCAUCUCAAUGAGAUCAAGCUCUGGGCUUUGACUAGACCCAGGAUUGAACAUUUCUUAAUUUUCAGUCAGUCCUUGGAGGAUUUCAAUCUGAAACUAAAAUAAUUACAAUGUAUGACAGUAACAUUUUAUUUUUAUUUUUGUAUAAAAACCAAAAACAAAUACACUGAUUCAGAUCUUUAAUAUUCAAUUAAUAAUAAUUAAUAAUAAUAAUAAUAAUUAAUAAUUAUUCAAUCUGCCAAGAAUAUCUGCUGAGCAGAAAAUUCCUAAUUCAGAGUAACUAAAGGUGUAUCUUAACGGAUUUGUUAGUAGGCAAGUAGAAAAUGUGCUCAUGCUGUUUAGUGGGAGGGGGGGGUGAUGUAUUAAAUAUAAAACUGUCUGUGACCUCAUCCUUUUACUCACUGUUAUCUUAUCUGCUACAUAAAAAUCCUGUGAAGGAACAAUAAAAGUAUAUAUUUUUUUGCCUUCAUGUUGAUGAACAUCUGCAUUGUUUUUGAAAAAUCUGUGCAGGCAAACCUAUGUACAGGAUUUAUAGAUAUGUACAAAAGUAACUCAUCUGUAAGUGUCCUUCCUUUUCUCUACCUGCCCUGAAAACACAUUGUCCAAAUGGUGCACGUCCCCAAUAUUCAGAGAAAAAUACCUUCUGACACGUUGUCGACUAACUUCAAAGGACAUGAGCAGGAACGCUCAAAUGAAGAAAAAAAAAAUGUGUCAAGAGUGGAAAUGUUUUUGAAGCAGGGGGGUUACUGUGGUUUCAAAUCCCCCACAAGCUUCGCUUUCUUCCUCCUGAACAACUUGAAGCAUCCCAGUCUUCCGGUAUUGAACUGAGAGGUUGAAGGACUUGUUGUGUGUGUUUAUCUAUGCACCCGGAAUGACUCUCAUCCGUCUGUAACAUGCAUUUAAGGAGACGCAAUGCCAAAUCCAUGCUGACUCACCACCGGACCGUCUGAAAAUGAAACACAUGGCCAUCACCUUCCUCCUCUGUCUGAUGAUGUCGUUACAAUGCAAUAAUGGACAUAUGAGCCGCUGCUUUUAUGCUCUCCUUCACCAUCUUCAUCAGCAAUACUGGGAUAGAUACUGCAUCCAGGUUCCAAAACUGAUAUGAAGUUAGCGCAGAUGCUCUGGCAAAACUGGUAUUGUGUUUUCCCGUGUGUACUUUUGAAUAAAAAAAAGUUUAUCUUCAUCAAUUUGAAGGCUUUGGAAAA